AAGAAAAAUAUGGGGUUUAUUUUUACUUUUGCAGGGGCGAGAUAUAGUUCUCUUAAAAAAUAAAGCUAUAUCAGUAAAACAAAAUUAUUGUAACUAAAAAUUUGCCUCAUUUUAAUGAAAGUAUAAAGUAUGAAAAUUGACAAUCUUCUGUACAUAAAAUUGUCACUGUUAAAGCUGUUUAACAUACUCAUUUUUAUGCGGAGGAAUACAUUAUUUACUUUCCAUCAGACGAUUGUGGGCUGGACAAGAUCGACUGUAAACAACGAAUUGUAUUGAAGAAGGCGGAGAAGUGGGCAGUAGACCGAGAAAAGAAUGGCUCAGAAAAGCCUUUCGGAGCUAAAGGGUGCCAACAGCACCAGGCCAACCCCAUACAUGGAGAGUAUUACUGUUAAGGUUGUUAAAAAGGGGCAUGUUGCAAAAUUUACAGAUGCCAACGGGCAACAGGCAGAGUUACUCAACUUCAGUAUCGCAGAUCAAUCGGGACCAAUGUUGGCGACGCUAACGGACAAGUCCAAGCAACCCAAAAUAGUUGAGGGAAAGACAUUAAUGAUCAGGAACUUUAUUCUGAAAGGAGGGAAAAUAGCAAUGUCCUCUAAGACCACCAUUAUGGGGAGACCCAAUUUGGAAAUCCCUCAUUCGAUCAUUGAAAAUGCAAUUCAACUCAUCUUGCCCCCUUCCCCAGAGAAGAAAUUGGCUGAAGUUAAAUAUGAACCGCUGAGGAGCAUUUUGUCAGUGAAAGGCCAGAUAAUCAAGAAUGAGGCAACAAGAACUGUUAAAGUUAAUGGUAAUGAUACUCCUAUUAGGACGAUUACGUUGGAAGAAAAUAAUGCGAAAAUUGAUGUGACCCUGUGGAGAGAACUCUCGGAAGAAGAGUACAGCAUUGGAGAGUUUCUCCAAAUCUCACACUGCCUUCUUAAUGAGUGGCAAGGAGUACGAUCAUUAAACAGCACAAGAAAUACAACAAUUGAGAAAAUACAACCCUUGGAAGUCACCAUAAAAGGGACAGUUGAGGCCCUGAGCCUCACCGAAUCUAUGUGGGAAGUCUGCGUAAGAGAAGAAGAUAAAGAAGGAUAUAAAGAUCUUGUUGUUGAAAACGACAUGUUGAGGAGUGCUAUAGGUAGAGCCGAGGAAGUGUGCCUUAUGACUGAUGAAGAAAUCGAGAAUUCUUUGGUCAACAGAAUACCAUUCAAAAUUGAUGCAACCAUGCUUGGACCGAGGUUGUUGGGCCUAAGACUUGCCUUCUCUGCUCAUGAACAAGUUCAAGUUGAGAAUAUGGAAUUAAAUUUGUAAAUGAUAUUGUCUGUUGAACAAAUAAGGAAAAAAUUGCUAAAGUAUUUUAAUUUGUUUCAAGAUAAAAAUUAUUCCAACAUUUGUCCCUUUCUGUAUCUAGAUUCAAUGUAAAUUGACUGUUCUGAUUAUUUCAUCACAAUAGUUUAUCCUCGAAGAAAAUUUGACUGCUCAGCAUUCAGGACGUAUUUCUGCACUUGUUUGUAAUUGGAAGAAAGAAAAUGCCAAUAUUGGUUAUUUUCCCAGUGCUCAGAUUUAAUGGACAUGCUACAUUGUUUGUCGUAUGUAAAUGUACAUAGUUCAUUAGUAUAUAGCUUUUGUUUGUACUGUAGCUGGACAAGCUACUUAUAUUUAUUUACAAUUUUUCUGAAAAUCUAUCAAGUUCUGAAAAAUUAUUCAAUAAACAAAACACAACUGUUCCACAAAUUGAGGAAAGUAUGUGUUAAAUAUUUGAAUUUAGAAUAUGCAUCCCAAUAUUGGUCUUUCUUGUCCAGAUUAAAUGGAAAUGCAUGUACUACACAGUAUGUUGUAUGUAAAUAUAGAUGUAGCACUAGCAUUUAUAUUUUUUGUGUGCAUUGAAGCAGGUCAAAGAUUUAUUGUUCUGCAAAUUUAGGAAGUAUUUUUACACACUUUUUGUAUUUUGAAAAAUACAUGACAAUUCUGAACUUUUUAUGUUGAGAUUGAAUGAAAAUGCUGGUACAAGAGGGUAUGUUGAAAGUAUUUAUAUAUGUCUAUAUUAGUUUUUAGCAAAUUUUUUGAAUAGUAGCCAGACAAGCUUUCCUCAUUUUUUGGUCAGUAUUUCUAAUAUUUUACUGAAUACCAAAUGAGCGAUUUCUGUGUUUACUUCAACUCAUGAAGCUUGCUGUUCAGCAAAUCAAAGAAACCCCUUUCAUUAAUUUGUAAUUUUUGGUCAAUGCAAGAUUGAAAUUCAACUUGUAAGAUUUCUUGUCUACACAAGACAACCCCAUUCUAUUAUAAUCAACCAUUCCUCAUAUUUUUCACAAUUAUAUUAAUUAGUCUAAAUGAAUGUUCUUUUCCUCUCUAGGACAGUUUUGUUUUUUAAAGCAGCUAUCAUAGCGCCUAUCUAGAAAACUAUUAAAAUGUGUCUAUAAGAAUGUUUUGCAAAAGGGGUGAAAGUAUAUGUUUUGUAUGUUUCUUAUACGUGUAUGUAUAAAUGAAUCAACAAUUACAGCAUGAAUAGUCAGAUAUUUAAAGAUAUUUAUCUGCAGACCUUCCUUAAUUUUUUAAAGGGAGUGUGGGUUACUGGGAACUUUCAGAAUUUUAUGUUUGACAUUUAAUUUUAGCAUGGUGCUAUAAGUUUUUUGAAAUUUUAACUAUUUGUAUUAGUUGUUUUUUUUAUUAUUAUUUUUUAUGCAAUUGCAACUGAAUGCAUUAUUAAAGUAAAAUAGUGUUA